GUAUCCAGGCGUAAAAUCCAACUUUGCGCGCAAAUUGCUGACUAACUAUAUUGAUAAAAGAGACAAACACGAGUUUCGGUGAAGACUAAAGUUUCUAAAGACUCGACAGCGUCACGAACAGACUUGAGCCGACACGUACAGUUACAGUGAGGAGUCACAGGCUGCUGCAGGCGAGCGCAGUGUGAGCAGCACCGACUGGGCGUGUGUGUUACACACUGGGUGUGUGUUACCAUCCUCAUCAACCUGGAGAGCUGGGUACUCUUUUGGGAUACGCACACUGCGCGUCAGUUUCCACAACAUCCGUUUUUACCCGGAAGUGGUAGGUGCAUCUUCUCUGCACUGAAAAGUGGUUACAGAGUGAUGUUUUCAUCAUAGUUCGGACUUUUUAAACAGAAAAAUGGCGUGGAAAAGCAAAGGCUCCCCUCCACCUCUUCCUCCGGCAUCCUUACAUCUCCUCGUCCCUCCAGUGAGACUCAUGUCUGCUUUCAUGUGGCAAGUGGUGCAGCAGCACAGUGUGAUGCAGUAUGACAAACUGGUGGACUUCAUCAGUUUGGCGACAGAGAUGGUCCCGGAGCUUCUGAGUCCCUGUCAGAGAGCUCAGCUCAUCCUGGGCCUCAGAGCAAGGCUGGUCCUGGAGCUGUGUCGAGGCGAUGGCGUCGCCAACCUGCAGUUCAUCCAGAGCCACCUGGACAAAAUCCACGCCUGCAGCGCUGAAUUGAGCUCCACUGAUCAGAUGAACAGUGCGGAUAUACUGAAGAUCUCUUACACCAACUUUGCCAGCCUGGUUCAGAACCUCUUGAAUGUUCCUUAUGAAAAGGAGUUAUUCUUCCAAGAGGUUUUUCCCACAAACUACGGCUCCGCUUAUGACCAAAGACUGCAGCAGCUGGUGUCUGAGUUCCUGUGCAGGCUGGAGCAGCUGCUGCCGGUACCAGACCUGCAGCAGACAGCAGCGUGGCUCACUGAAACGACGUCGUUGUCAGAAGAAAUUGGACUGCAUCUGUCCGAACCCUUCGCCCUGAAGAGCCUGCUGCUUCAUCACAGACAGUCGGGGACUCUCAGCUCGGCUCCUCCCAGCGGUGAGGAAGAUAACCUCUUGUCCACUCUGGCCCUCCCUGCUUCAACAGGAGUGGAAAGGUUCAUUGAGCCUUACAGUGGGGACGAUAGUGAUUAUGACAAUGAGGAAGUGACGGUGGCACUGGAAGAUUUAGAAGACGAUUCAGAUGUCCGUGCAGAUGAUUGGUUGCCAAAAAAUGAAUCAGGACGUCUGUCUCGCGUAUUCAUCUGCCCUCAGUGCUCGUUCACUCACCACACAAAGAGGAAGGUCCUGGAGCACAUCAAGAGCGAGCACCAUGCAGCGGCUCCCCUCCAGAAAAAACUCUCUGCGAGAAAUGCAAGAGCAAAGACUAGUCAAGAUGCAGAAAAGAAGAAAGUAGGAGGCAACUCAUGCAAAAAGAGGAAACGCAAACAAAAAGAAGGUGGUGAAAAAAAGCGAGAACGGAAGCAGAAGAAGGACAACUUGGAAAACAAGGAGCGAUGUAGAUGGAAAGACAAAAGAUUUCUGAUCACGAGACCCGUGACCAAAAACUUCACAGAUGAGGAAACCAAAUGCACAAAGUGUGGAAAGCUUUUUGAACAUCCGAAUCAGCUGAAGGCUCACAUGAAGCUUCACAGCUUCGCGUACCACUGCAGCCAGUGUGAGAAGGGAUUCACCAGCUCCUCGGGAUACUAUCAGCACCAGAGACUCCACAAGCGAGGGCGGAUAUUCAUCUGCAGCCAGUGCAACAAGGGCUUCCUGUGCAGACAUUCGCUCAAGCAGCACGAGCAGCUGCACGAAGGCCCCUCGAACCUCUGCACUAUCUGCGGGAAAGGCUUCAGCAAAGCGGGCAUCACGAGACACAUGCAGAUGCACCGGGGCGAGCGCAAUUUCUUGUGCACCACUUGCGGGAAGUCGUUUCUGUCCUCCGGGGAGCUGCUGCUGCACAUUCGGUCUCACACGGGCGAGCUGCCGUACACCUGCACGCACUGCGGGAAGGGCUUCUCCACCAAGAGUCACCUGAACGUGCACACGCGCUCGCACACCGGGGAGCGCCCGUACAUGUGCACGGAGUGCCCGAAGCGUUUCCUCACGCUGAACUGCCUGAAGAGACACACGCUCAGCCACAACGGGGUGAAACCGUUCAAGUGUCCGAACUGUGAGAGAGAAUUCUCCCAGCAGGGCAAUCUGAAGAGACACCUGGCUACUCAUAAACCUGACACAUAAUAAUGUGUAACUUUCAGUGUUGUUCGUCCACCUUGUGAUGUUUUUUUUUGAAAAGCGCUGUACAGUUAAAACUAAGUCUCAUGUUCAUAAAAAGCCUUAAAAGUA